CCGGGACUUCAGGUCUCCUAGCAACAAGUUUGUGUGGCGGCAGAAGGGUGUUCACCAAGGCGAGCGCUCGGAAAGUCUAUCCUGGACAGUACCAGAGGACUUGGGGAUCCAACUUUUCACUCACGCUUAACCCUUUGAUAUCUGUCAAGAAACUUCUAAAUUGUACCCAGAAAAGCCAGAAUGGAGAUAUCAAUGCCCCCACCUCAGAUAUAUGUAGAAAAAACUCUGGCUAUUAUCAAACCAGAUAUUGUUGACAAAGAGGAAGAGAUACAAGAUAUUAUUCUAAGAUCUGGAUUCACAAUUGUUCAGAGAAGAAAACUACAUCUUAGCCCUGAGCACUGUAGUAACUUUUAUGUGGAACAGUAUGGGAAAAUGUUUUUCCCAAAUUUAACAGCCUACAUGAGUUCUGGACCACUUGUUGCCAUGAUAUUAGCUAGACAUAAAGCCAUCACUUACUGGAAAGAACUUUUGGGACCAAGUAAUUCUUUAGUAGCUAAGGAGACACACCCAGACAGUCUAAGGGCAAUUUAUGGCACAGAUGACCUGAGGAAUGCACUUCAUGGGAGUAAUGACUUUACUGCAGCAGAAAGAGAAAUUCGUUUCAUGUUUCCUAAAGUGAUUGUUGAGCCCAUUCCAAUUGGACAAGCUGCUAAGGACUAUUUAAAUUUAUAUGUCACACCAACUCUGCUUAAAGGACUCACAGAGCUUUGUAAACAAAAACCAAGAGAUCCUUUUAUUUGGCUAGCUGAUUGGUUGCUGCAGAAUAAUCCCAAUAAACCCAAAUUUGAUUAUCAUCAUAUAAUUGCAGAAGAGCCUCAAAAUCCUCCAAAGAACAAAUCAUGAACUAUCUUAUUGCAAAAGCUUCUGCUUCUGCUUUAAAAAACAAAAAUAAAAACAACAAAAAAAAAAACUACCACCUUAUUCAUUGCUUAUUUCAUGUGUAAGGUCCUGGGUUCAAUCCCUAGCACCACACA